UGCGGACGGGUGCUGGGCACAGGCUGUGUCUCGCCAUGCGCUCGCAGAGGGCACUGCUGAGCCGGCCGAGCGCUGCCCGCUGGGAGCCUGCAGCCAGAUGAGACACCGACAACAAGGAAGGAAGGAAGGAAAAAUAACCCUGAUCCAGGAAAAAAGGCACGAACCUUCCGAGCCGAAUUGUUCGCGUGGGACAUCUCCUGCAGCCUUCCCAGCGCCGUGCGGGAGGGAGCCCGGAGCUGGGCAGACCCUGAUGGUGCUUCAAGCAAACGCUCUGGGAGCCUGACUAGGGGUGCCCGGUGCGGGGCUCUGAGCUGAGGGCGGUUGUUUAACAGCGCGGUGGGCGCCGGCGGCGUCACCGUGUUCGCUCUCUUAGGUUCCUGUUACACAGGGGCCAGAUGAGCAGCUGCGUGGCCCGAGGUAAGGGGGGACCCUGGUGCUUCGGGGUGGCGAUGGGAGAUGCAGGCGAAGGAAGCGAUGCACGGAGCAGAGAGGGCUUAAUCUCCGCACUCUCGGCCAACAGGGAGGCCGCUAAAACCAUAUUUGUACAGAAACCGAGAGGUGGGGAGGGUGCUGGGUCCUUCCCCCUGGCCAAAGAGGAUGCAGACAAGUGUGCUGGGGUCAGCAGGGACCAUCCUGCGGCCACCCUCGCUGCUGCGAAAGUGCUGCCUCUCCGACGGCAGGAGCAGCCCUGUCCCUUCCUGUGCAGGCAGCCGGGUCCCUGCAUCUCCCUCAGGAGCUGACUUGCUGCUGCUCUGCACCUCCACGAGUCCCAGGAACGGUCCUGGGAGCCCCUUGUCCCUCCGGAGCAAUGCCUGUGCCCUCCAGUGGGAGCCUGCUGCACCUCCAGGAGGGCUUGUGCCAGCGUUGGGGCAGGGGAAGCCACAAACCCACUGCCUGUGCUUUGGCUCCGGUGUUGCUGAGACCUCUCCUCGAGGCUCGGAGCCAGCGGUUUGCAGUUGCCCAUUCCAACUCGCGCAUUCCCUUGUUUCCAGCUCUGACUGCUCACAAGGAAGAGAAAGCAUGGAGGAAGCAUUUUAUGCACACCCAUCAAGGCAGAUGUGGUCAUCAGGUUAAUGCAGAGCCAGUGUAAAAGGGGAAAAGCAAGAGGCAGCAAGUGAGAGUGAGCCAGUCCCAUGGAUGUUCAGUCUGGCCAGGGAGGUGCUCCCACCCGGCUGCCUCUGGAGAUGGCCCCGGGCUCUGUGCCUUCCCCAGGAGAUGUGUCCCACAACAAGGGAAUGCCGUUGGUGGCCUCAAAGCCCUUGCACGUGUGUCUCCGCAGGGUGAGGUUACCUCCGUAGCUGACCAGAGCAGGGAAAAACAUCACUCGGUAGCUGAGGGGUGAAGCAAGUCCCAGGUAAGGAGGCAGUGAACGGGUUUUGGAGAGAAGGGAGAGGAAGCAGGAUGGGAGCGUACCCCAGCACUGCCCCAGCAUCCCCCCGGGGCCAUGCCCCCAGCGCCCAGCAAGACCAGCCUGCGCUGUGCUUCAUGUGGGCUGAGGUCUGUGCUGGGGACUUCUCGUUAUCUUUAGUGACAGACCAAACACCACGGGGCACCAGCUAGAGCUGGGUGCAGCAGAAGGUCCUGCAGCACGUGCACGGUGCUGUGACAGCGUGGGGCAGCUGCCCACUGUCCCUGUGGGCCACUUGCCACCGCAGCCCUGGCGUCACCUGCCUCGCUGCUGCUUCACCCAUCCCGGGGAGCGGCAGGGGGUCUCCUUCUGCUCUGCCAUGGGCACUUGGUAUGAGUUGUGCCUCCAGCCACAGCUUCAGGAAACAAAACAUUUCCUCUGCUCCCAGGUUCCGGCUGCCCGAUGUGUUUGCAGGUGGCAGAACCGCUCCAGCUUGCCAGUCCUCUCCCCUUGGCACCCAGCCUGGCAUGCUAGAGCUGGGGGCAGAUGGACGGUGUGCCGCGGGAUGAGCCCUGCCUUGAGACUGCUCCUGUCCCUGGCUGGCUGCACCCUGCUCGGGGGAGCGCUGUUGCCUCCGCGGGAUGUGAGGCUGGAGGCGCAGAACUUCCACGUGCGCCUGCGGUGGGAGCCGGACCCCGCGGCUGCGUUCCAGGCUGCGUUCCAGGUGGAGUGGAGGAGGAGAACCUCCCAAUGGACCGAUGCAGGUGCCUGCUGGGGGAACAGCACCGGCCCCUCCUGGGUGUGUGAGCUGUAUUUUGACAAGAUCCAUGACAUCUACUGGGCACGGGUAAGAGCAGUGGCCAGAGGCAAGCAUUCUGAGUGGGCCUACUCCAGCGAGCUGCAGCUCUACAGAGACACCAUUGUGGGACCCCCCAGGUUGUCCUGGCUGCUCCAGGGUGACAUCCUCAGUGUAAAUAUCAUCAUGCCGCUCACUCCCUACCGAAGGAAAACCGGCUCCCACAAGCCAGUUGACCAAGUGCUGCUGAAGCUGUGGUACUGGCUGUGCCUGUACGAAGGGGAUGUGCUGGUCCAGCAGGUGCCCUGCAGACAGAGUGGGGAGGAAGCUCCAUGCACCUUCAGCGACCUGAAGCCCAGCACACAGUACUGCAUCCGGACGGUGGCCGCGGACAUGUCCCGGGAGCGGAGCCACGAGGCUGAGCAGUGCAUGAUGACUGCCGUGGGCACUGCAGGCUUUCCCUGGGUCCUCCUUGUUGUGCUAAGUGGCGUCUUCCUGCUGCUGACUGUGUCAGGGCUCUGCUUCCUCCAGCGUCUUCUCUUCCACAGCCCCUCGGAGACGCACCUCCCGAAAACACUUGGUCUCCUGAACGGGGAGCUGAGCGUGACCAUUAGGGCGCCCACCCUCGAGCUCCAGCAGGACUCCCUCGCCCUGCUCCUGCUGCCCAUUCCCCGCUCCCACGGGCCGCCUGCAGCUGAGCAGACACCCGCAGCCCAGCAGCUCCUCACGGAAAGCCUUUCCCAGGAUAUGAGUGGCUACUGUGCCAACGGGUUUGGGCCAGGCUGCCAGGAGGGAAGGGACCCAUCCUGUGUCUUGCAUCCUGUGCUGGGGCAGGUCUUGGGCUGCCAGGUCUCGCUGCUACCAGAGGAGGAUGGAGAGACGCGUGAUGGUGAUGAUGUGCUGGAGCAGUCAGUGCCAGUGGGACUGGUGGGAGACAGCUACACAGGUGACAGGGAAUACCAGACAUCCAAGACAUGGCUCUCCCUGCACCUCCAGCUCUAUUCUAAAUGCCAGUGCCCAGCCCCUGAAGCAGGCAGCUGCCUUCCCUUGCCCACACCGGGCAGGAGUCCCAGGCAGGAGGACGAGCAGGAGAGGCUUGGCCUGGCAGGGCGCUGGAUACCGCUCAGCUCCGUGAAGCUGCCGGCCAGCGAGGAGGAGGAGGAAGAUGGGGGGCAGUUCAUCUGCACCCACCAGCCCCUGCGUGACUGUGGGGCUGUUCCGCAGGCAGGUGAUGGCAGCGUGCAGGAGGGUGCCCCGGAGCAGGUAGCGCCGGGUGCGCCCAGCCCCGGCCAGCCGCGGACCGGUGCCUGCGGCUACGAGCCGCGUCCCUCGGCCCGGGAGCUGUAGCAGCUGCGUCCCGGGUCACGGCGUCCGCAGAGCUCAAGGUGGCUCCCGGAACUGCCACAGCCGCGACGGUGCGAGCUCAGACCUGCCCAUGCCCGCGGGGCCAGGGGUGCGGUAGCUCCCGGGGCAGGCACAGGCACAGGCACAGGCUGCCAUGCGCGGGUGGCAUCGGGAUCUUCAGAGCUGCCCUCUGUGGUUUUGGUGUUCCUGAACCAAAGCAUAAGGAUACAUACCAAAGCUGAAGCUUGAGACUCUUAUCUGUUUAUCCAUCUACGUGUGUAUGUGUGUGUACAGUAUAUAUACUAGUGCAGAUUUAUGUAUUCGCUCACAUAGAAACCUCUACUGAAAGAGGAGACCUUUUACUUUCUUUUACUUGUCUGGAAAUCCUGAAGGUGCACUGGAGCUGGCUUUUAAAUGACACUAAUUUGCUAUGGAAAA